GAUUAGUCUCCAGGGGGCCAGGUUCGUCCUCUACGGUAUACCAUGCCUACGACCAGGAACACGGUCAAGGAUGCGUUCGUGGAGGCCUCAUCCAGCACCACGGAGCACGGAACACACGUAUGAUUUGUCGCCAACCAUAAUAAUAAUCAAAAUCAUAGUACUCACGUACUAAGUACUAAGUUGUGGUAGCGCACUGCAGCGAUGUGGUCUGCUGUUGACCUGGUAAAGGCUGGUAUAUGGAUGGGGCGGAGUAGAUAUACACACCUGUUGCACUCCUCCUCUUCCUCCCUCCUCUCCCUUCUGGUUGUCUGCUUUUGGUCGACUUUGCGGUCGGCAUCUUCGUACACUCUCGUUAAUAUCGCUGUCCGCUUUCGGCAAAGAUGCCUUCCACUCGCUCACUAACCUUCGUCUUCGUUGCCAUUUCAGCCGUCUUUGCGCAGCAACAAACGGAAUACGAUUACAUUGUUUGUGGAGGUGGCACCGCUGGACUGGCAAUAGCCAACAGAUUGUCCGCAGCGCAAAAUACCGUUCUCGUUGUGGAGGCAGGAAUCAACGGCACUACUCAGACCUGGCCAUACCGGAGCACGCCUCAGGAAGAUGUCAAUGGCAGAAUAUUAGAUUUGCCAGCCGGCAAGGCGGUCGGCGGCACCACCCAGAUCAAUGGAAUGGUGUACUCCCGUCCCGACUCCGAGUCCAUCGAUGAUUGGGGAGACGUGAACAACGCGGAUUGGUCCUGGGACACCCUCCUCCCCUUCUACAAGUCUUCUGAGGCCCUGCGCUUUCCUGCCAAGGACCUUGCGAGGGCAGGCUAUACGCCCGACCCCGAAUACCACGGCACCAACGGUCCGCUCAACAUCUCGUACCCCGCAGAAGGAACUCCAGCAUAUUUCGAUAUUCUCAAGAAAUCUGCCGCUGUCUAUAACAUUGGUGCCAAAAAAGACUUCAAUGGUGGCAAAGCCGAGGGACUGUCCACGUAUCCAGCGGCCUUCACCAUCGCCAACCGACGUGAGCAGACUCGUGAAUCUGCGCGUGAGGCCUACUAUCUUCCGAUUGUCGGCCGCGCGGAGCUCGAGCUGAUCGAUGAGAGCGAGUGUCUGCGGGUCAUCUUUGAUGAUCCGGCCGACCUGCACGCCCCCUACAAUGCCACAGGCGUCGAAAUCACGAACGCCAACGCCACCACGACGAUAAAGGCCAGGAAAGAGGUGAUUUUGUCUGCGGGAGUCUAUCGCUCGCCUGGUAUUCUGGAGUACUCUGGCAUUGGAAACAAAGACAUCCUCGCCAAGUACAACAUCGAGAGCAAGAUUGAUCUGCCCGGAGUGGGCGAGAAUCUGCAAGAUCAGAUGCAAGGGAACAUUUUUUACCUCCGCGUGAACAACACCAACAUCACCUUCCCGGAUCCGAGCCAAGGAAUCACGACCAAUUACCUGAUUCACGCCACGUACGAGCAGAUUUUUGGCGCCGACGCAGCCGACUACCAGAAUCGUACCAGUCGCUCGCUGAACGAGUCCGCCAGCCUGAUCUCGCAGAGAAUCAAUGGCGCUCUCUCUCCCGAACAGAUCAUGAACUCUCUGCAGGUGCAAUACGACAUUGUCUUUGACACGCAAGUUCCCGCCGUCGAGAUCUUCUCCGGCCAGUCGCUCAACACCACGCACCUUAAUCUCGAAUUCUGGCCUCUGAUUCCAUUCAGUCGAGGGAAUGUGCAUAUUUCCGGGGGGAACGCGGACCGUGCGUCCGACGAGCCCACGAUCAACGUGAAUUGGGGACUGCUGGAUUCCGACUGGGAAAUGUUCAUUGCCUCGGCGCGUUUCGUGAGGAACUUGUUUAAGACUCCCGCGCUCGCCGCCGAAGUCACGACGGAGACGCAACCCACCUUCGACACGGUCCCCAUGGAUGCGAGUGACGCUGAAUGGAAGACCUACUGGCAAGACAACUUCCGUGCUGGCUGGCAUGGCGUUGGCACUUCGGCCAUGUUGCCUCGGGAAUGGGGUGGUGUGGUAGACGGUGAUUUGAAGGUGUACGACACGACGAAUGUGAGGGUGGUCGACGCUUCGGUCAUUCCUUUCCUGAUGGGAGGACACCCGACGUCGACGGUGUACGCUUUGGCGGAACGAGCGGCGUCUCUCAUUAUUGAUGGUAAGAAGGGAUAGACGGUAAUGUUUCUGUCUUAGCAGCCUCGAACAAGGGCAAUAUUGUAGUUUCUGUAA